AUGGACGCCGUCUCCGCGCACAAUCACUACUCGCUCCGACUGCUGCGCGAGCAAGAAGCUAUCAUUGCCGCAGGUGAGGAUGUGGCGGCGCUGCGCGAAGGGUUACGCGCCUUCUGCAACCUGACGCGCGUGACAGUAACAGCCGUGGCGUGGGCGCAGCGCUGGCUGUUCCCCCGCUACGAGACGCCCUUCUUCCGCAGCCUGCCGGCGAACUUUUGGAUGCCGCUGCCGCGCGCUUGGCACGGCGACGUCGUCGACCGGCACCAGCGGAACUGGGAAAUGGAGCGGGCAUCAUCGGGCGAGGGUGGUCCUCCUCCUAGAGAUAGUCCAGAAAGCGUAAGCAAUUUGCAUCGAUUCGACUGGGAGGCGCACCUCGCGAGGUCGUGGGAAAUCGAGCGCCGCUGCUUCCGCGGAUAUACCAUCGUUGUAGAGGAGCUGCUGGCGUACCACGCCGAGCACCCUUCCCACUCCAUCCGCGAGCUCGUCGUCGACGUCAACCGCAGCUCCAACGGCAUCCAUCACGCGCUCUUCGCGGGACCGCACGCAGCCUCGGGCCAGGAGCACCGCGACGACUACCUGCGCACCCUCACCCUCUUCUCCGCCUUCCCGCUCACCCGCCUCGACCUCGCCGUGAACGCGCACUGCAGGCAGGCCCUGCACGGCAGCAACGGAAUAGCGUCGCCGUGGGACUGCUUCGGGCCGGGCCUGCGGCGCGCUCUUCAAGGUCUGACGCACCUGCGCCACUUCUCCCUCUCGUCGACCUUCGUCAACACCGAGGACGCGGACGCGUCGUACCUCGUCGAGGAGCUGCCCGCGCACCUCGACGCCUGGAUCCCGGUCGAGCGGUGGCCGCAGCUGGAGUCUUUCGGGCUGGGCCGCCUGGUCGUCGACACGGAGGCGCUGGUGCGGCUGCUGGCCGGCUUGCCGCCCGCCACGAUUCGUCGUGUGGAGUUGGAUACGCUGGUCUUUUCGUCGUCGACGUCCGACGCGAUGCACCGGCUGCGCCGACACAUCGUAGAGACGGCUACGCGGAACCUCGAGAAGGGGGUGUGGAGCAGGGACGCGCCGAGGGUGGUGGUCAUGGAGGACGUGGUACUAUCCGGGGUGCCUCCAAGGGUGUUUUCGUGUCAGAGGCCGAACGCACGCCACAUAAGGAUGGUGGAGGAGAUGGAUAGGAAUGCGCGGAGCCUGAGGCUCGUGGUUGACGAAGAGGUGAACGAGUUCCUGUACUGCGAUCCCGCAAUCCAUGGGACUGAGAUGGAUUUCCCCUGCCCGUUCGGAGAGAAAGUCGGCCUGGGCAGCGUGUACCCCUCCUGCGGCCGUGUCGUGGACGAUUAUGAUCCAGAGUACUGUUGGCCCUCCAAAAAGAAAACUAUCGGGCCAAGCCGAUAA